AUGGCGGAUAUCUCACCUAUGGACCCUAAUCACCCGUGGGUGGCGCGAGGCUAUCGACCGGAGUUUGCCUACAGUGUGAAAAAGGCGCCUGUGGAAGAUCCCCACGGGGAGAUUGCGUAUCAACGAGCGUUCGUCGAGGCAGCUGAGGCCAAGCAUAGUCGAGCCGAGGCGAGAUUGUGUCGAGUGCCCGAUCCGCUACUAUAUUACAACUCUCCUUCGGCACGAGACUAUAUCAAGAGAAGAGACGAUGCCAUCUUCUCGGCAAAGCCUCGGACCGGGAACACCAGGACCUCGACUCAACCCAACACACCGUCGUCGAUUGGCACGCCGACGUACUCCCCGGGCCCGCGUGCCUCGCCCAGCUACAGUGCAAACGCUGGCUCGGCCACACGGAGAACGAGCAUAAAGUCCGACAUUGAGCCUGCGCUUUCGAUAGCCAACUCGUCACCAAACAUAAGAACGGCCGACCAAGUGUCGCCCAGACCCUCGAGGCCUCCCGCAGAGCAGUAUCAGUCUUACGCUCCUCAUGGCCUUCCUUUGACGCUGGAGCCGAAGCUCGAUGCACCAGCAGGCCCUUCCAGGAUGCUACGAUGA